AUGCCCCGCUGCUCCUCUCUUCCAUUGUGUGUGCACUCUCUUUCCCCUCCGCGCCGUUCGCAUUUUGUCCCCAUCAUCUCCUCCUGUGCGUAUACUAUCACAUAUACCGCUGCUCCUCUCCUCCCUUGCGCCUUCUCUCUCCCUACCACCCGCUCCUCCUUUUCCAUGAGCCCUCCCUCUCAUUCCCCUCUCAUUCUCUCAUUCCAUGCGCCAUCCCUCUCCUUCCCCUCUCAUUCCCCUCUCAAAAUCUCAUUCUGUGCGCCUUCAAUCUCAUUCCCCUCUCAUUCUAUCAUUCCGUGCGCCUUCACUCUCAUUCCCCUCUCAUUCUCUCAUUCUGUGCGCCUUCACUCUAAUUCCCCUCUCAUUCUCUCAUUCCGUGCGCCUUCACUCUCAUUCCCCUCUCAUUCUCUCAUUCCGUGCGCCUUCACUCUCAUUCCCCUCUCAUUCUCUCAUUCCGUGCGCCUUCACUCUCAUUCUCUCAUUCCGUGCGCCAUCCCUCUCAUUCCCCUCUCAUUCUCUCAUUCCGUGCGUCAUCCCUCUCAUUCCCCUCUCAUUCUCUCAUUCUGUGCGCCUUCACUCUCCUUCCCCUCUCAUUCUCUAUUAGGAUGUGCCUUCCCUCUCAUUCCCCUCUCACUCUCUCAUUCCGUGCGCCUUCACUCUCAUUCCCCUCUCAUUCUCUCAUUCCGUGCACCUUCACUCUCCUUCCCCUCUCAUUCUCUCUUAGGGUGUGCCUUCCCUCUUGUUCCCCUCUCACUCUAUCAUUCCGUGCGCCUUCACUCUCAUUCCCCUCUCAUUCUCUCAUUCUGUGUGCCUUCACUCUCAUUCCCCUCUCAUUCUCUCAUUCUGGUGUGCUUUCCCUCUCAUUCCCCUCUCACUCUCUCAUUCCGUGCGCCUUCACUCUCCUUCCCCUCCCAUUCUCUCAUUCCUUGCGCCUUCAUUCACAUUCCCCUCUACUCCUCUUCUCAUGUGCGCGUUCUCUCGUCCCCCUCUGGUUCACUCCUCACGUGCACGAUCUCUCUCGUAACCCUCUAUUCUGCUCUCAUUCCUUGCUCUCACUUGUCCCACCCUCCAUUCCGCGCCUCGCCCCCAUUCCUCGUGACAUGUCCUGAGUUUCCUCUCAUGCGAGUUUGUCCCAUUCCCCUCUGCUCCGCUCCUCCCGUGCGCAUGCUCUCUCUUUCCCCUCUGCGCCUAUCCGCCCAUGCACAAUUUGUCUUUUUCCCCUCUGCUCCUCUCCCCCCUUUGCGCCUUCUCGCUCGCUCCCCUAUGAAUCUCUUCUCCAGUGCGCCCUCUCUCUCUUCCCUCUGUUUCUCUUCUAGUGUGCACUCUUUCUCUUACACUAGUGAUACUUCCUCAUCCUCUGAUUCAGUAGAUAGCGCGCUGCCCUUUGAACAAGAGGACGAUGCGUCUAGUAACGCUGCUGUAUCUGGUGCUGAUGAUGAUGGUGGGGAGGGAGCUCAAGCAGGUGUUGCACUGGAGGAAGAGGAAGAUGCCCCUCAGUUUAACCUCAAGGAUGCUCUUGCGCACUAG